CAGAAACUAAUUAGAAUAACAAAAUGCAGUCAUUGAAGGAAAAAGCAUCAAAUGUUGCCGCUUCGGCAAAAUCUGGCAUGGAAAAAACUAAAGCUACUGUCCAAGAAAAGGUGGAGAAGAUGAAAGCUCAUGAUCCAACCGAAAAAGCGAUGGCAACGGAGAAGAAAGAUGAAAGGAUCUAUGAAGCAGAGAUGAACAAGCAAGUAACUCAAGACCGCAAUGCAGCUCUCCACCAUGGCGCCGGCACGGGCACCGGGAGGCCACAUUAUUCAAACGCAACUGCGGGUUCCACUGGACACCCUCAUAACAGCUAAACUAUAGCACUGGUGGUAACUGGUAACUAUAGUUAGGCUCGAGAGGAGCACAAUAAGGUUACGGGUUAAGUAAAAUUCAAUAGCUGUUAUUGAGAAUCUAAUAAAUAAAAAGAUUUGUGAUCAAAACCCACGAUCAUCAAAUCCUGAAUCCAAAUCUAUAGUUAGGAUAUCAUAUUGAGCUAGAAAUAUAUGGCUUUUGAAGCCUAUGUUGCCUUAAUGACACU